GACCCAAGGUUCAUGGAGAUUUCGGAUCAAGAGCUGGAAUGGGCACUGGAGAUCAAGCGCACCGUGGAAGCCACUCCCGAUCUCGACAAUCUGAAUGACAUGAUGUAUGCUCAUCUGGCCAUUUACUCCAAGGGAAACGUGGAACGGGCAAUGGAUCGGGUAAUGAAGAUGCAGGCUCUCAAGGAGGAAUACGGAAUUCUCGACACAGUGGAGCAAGCCAGACAAACUCUUGGAACUGUUCUGGGAGAUUACUUUCCAGGAGUACUCUUACACUUUGGUUUCGACCAAGAAAUGGAAACUUCUUUGAUUGUCUAUGACUUUUCCAGGACCGACAAACAAAUUUUCAAGUGUCCAAAUAGAGUCAGUACUGUUAUACAAGCUGCAUACUAUGUCAGCCAUGCAAAGUUCUCCAAUCUACAAAUUGUCCGAAAAGGCAAUGUUCAUAUUAUGGAGUGUUCUGGAUAUAGCUGGUCCCUGAACAUGUUUGAUCUCAAGAUUACAAAAAGGUUAUUGACAGAAGUCCAUGGCUCUUACCCCUCCACUUUCUACCAGUUAUUCAUGUAUCAUACUCCAAUGGCAUUUAAUCUUUUGGUGUCAAUGAUGAAGCGAUCCCUUCCAGAAAACCUCAAAUUCAAGUUCCAAGUCGGAUGCACUUUUGCUGGACGUCUCAAUGGAUUCUACGCUAUUCCAACACCGGAAGCUGCGACACAGCGAGCUCUGAAUAGUUUAUGUGAAGCUCUCCAGAUCCGAUAUGAAAAUGAAAGGACAUUCUCACUGGGAUGAUCAUGGUGCAUUUCCAUGGAAACAUGAAUCAACCAAAGGAUCGAACCUUCAUGGAAUCACCAGUCUUUCGUGCAAGAUCAUGCUGGCUGCUCUCUUCCAUCCCUUCACUCAUAGAAGACGCAAUCUGCACUUAAGUUGGUUUGGUGAGCCUGAUGAAGAGAUACCGUCGUUGGAGGCCGUGGAUUCUCAAUGGUGGCUGUACCAGGUUCGUGGCCCACUCACAUCGCUGGGCAGAUCGCACCACCACCACCAUCAUUGCCAGCAGAGGAGUUGCAGAUUCCUUUCCGCUGCCGGCAGCUUCGCGGCUAAUACCUGGCUAUUGCUAUCAGGUUACUCUCGAUUCUGCCCUCUUUCAAAGGGCGGACUAUGUAUGUAUGCAAUGCUACGGUAGGUCAAAGAGGUGUAUAUAUUGCUCAAUUAAUUGCUGUCGUCGCCUUUGUCGUCGUUGUAAUUGUCCUCCUCAGAUUCGC